GCUCAUGCAGCACGUGACGUCUGAGUUGCGCGAGCCAUCCUGCACGGAAGUGCGUAUGGUAGUGUUCUCUUUCAGUCGAGUGUUGGGCGUAGGUCGAAGUUUAGAGCGACGUUUUAUUACACCGAGAUUAGUCAUACUAGUGUCAUUUUUGUGUGGUAUAUCUACUGUUGUCAAACGUAUUUUAACAUAACAACGAACUUAAAUCCUCGAAUUUGAGUUCGUACAAGGAAACCCAUAUUAUGUUAGGCAAGUAAAGGGUUAAAGAAAUUUGGAAUUUGGAGUGUUCAAGCAAAUGGAAGAAACUGUUUGAAGGAUAAUUAUUUCAAAGUCAAAAUCUCAACGAGUUUUUAUUUACAAAGCUAGUUUUUUGAAACUGAAAAAACCUAUGAGAUAUGAAUGUGCGCUAAAGUCGAACUUUUCAAAGUAAAAGAAAAAAAAGUCCACAAUAUGUGAAUAUCAGCAUGGGAAAACAAAUGACCCAAACAGAUGUACCGAUUGAACUUUGAUCUGACAGCAUCUUAAAAUGUAUUAGUACUUUGGAAGACGAGCUUAUAUUACUUAUACCCGCUUUCUUUCUUUCUUAAUCAAUUAUUCAUUUAUGUCAGUUUCCUACUUCUAUAAAGCAGUGCAAGAAAACAAUGGACCACACCAUUACAGAAUCCUCAAAAACAGUAAGUGACAACUUUGGAUCAAAACCAACAUCUUACCCUCAAUAUUAUGAUGACAAACAAGCUUCUUUGACACCGCUUUCAGUUCACGGUAAACAACUAACAUACAAUGGUCAUGUAACAGACAAAAAACUGACCCUCAAUGGCCAUGCAAGGGACAUAAAACUGACACAGAAUGGUCACGUAGGAGACGCUUUGAACUCUACAGAGAACACCAUGUUUAGAAAUUUUAGGCAAUCCCCCAACAGAGAUCUCAAUUUUUUGGUUGAUUUUCCGAUAGUAAAUGGUAGUGGCAAAUCUUCGAAAGACAAUAAUAGUCGAUUCGACGCAGUUGGUGAUACAUCCGAUUACAGUUCGUACAAAAAUCAUGUCGCUGAUAUAAAGACGAUUUCUUGUGAUUUACCAGAGUGUCAUUCGCCCGCCGCUAAAUCAUUUCAAGACAGAGAGAAAAGGGAGCUAUUUAUGGAAAUCAAACAGCCUUCAGUUACAGGGGAUAUAAAUUAUCAAAAUAUAACUAAAACAAAUUCAGGUUCAGUUAACAACACUAACAGUUCACAACGUUUUAAUUGCAUUUUGGGUAAAAUAGAUACGAGAGUAAAACAAUCAAUUGGGCCAGAUGUUAUAGAAGAUAAAGAAAGGUACCAAAUUCCUAUUAGUAACGUCACAGACGGCUCUGUGAAAAAAUUGGACACUUUUAAUAAUAUCUAUUCAAACCAUUUUAACGUGUUAGACAGAAAAAAUGAGCUACAGUUGGAAAAUAUACAGCAGCCCCGAAAUAAGCAAAACUGUCAAUAUUACAGAACAUCUUUUGAAGAAAGCCUUAGAGGAUUGUCAAAAACAGAAGAACAGAAUCUGGAAGCCCAAAAGCAAGAAGUGGUAUUACCUGUGAGACAACCAUUAAUUUCUUCAGAAUCUUUAUUAUAUGAACUAACAGAAUUUCCAGUUUCUUCACCAGAAGAACCAUACUUUCACGAAAGGCUUGACGAACGAUACACACGAAGAGGUCUAGUUCCAGAAGAGAUUGAUGAUUUUACUAGGUUACGGUCAGAGAUAAUCGUUCAUGAAGUGGACACAUUGAGUGAGGCUGGCUCUGAGGACGUGGAACUAAUUCCUCAUCGCUACGAGAGCCAAUCUUCCGGCCAGAAGCAUAUUUAUGUCAAUAGGCUAUCCUUGGCAGUAGAGUUACUCAGGACUAAGGAGGCCCUUCCUUACGAUGAAGAAUUCAAACCACUUCCAGUAGCAGAUGGUAAACAAGAAAAUGAGGCUGGUACUAUGGCGUUCAUAGAAGAUUAUUUCUGUGAGUCUCCUAGGGAAUAUAUCUACAGCGCAAUUGAAGGAGAGAUGAAUCCAGCAUUUAUUGAUGAAUCCCAGUAUGAAGAUUAUGAUGAUCCUGUUUUUAAACUAAACGCAGCUUAUAGUUAUCUACAGUCAGAUGUCUUCAAAAGAGAAAAUCUUGAAAAGGUUGGACGAUGCCAGCCAACAAUAACAAAUCAGGUCAACGAGACAUUGGACAAUACCACUCAGUCACCAAACGGAUAUACAAAGUUUGGAACGUUACCAAGACAACAGGCCAUCUGUCCAGACAUUCGCCAAGGACACUUCCCAACUUCUUGUGGACCAUGUUGUGUAACAAUGUGAUCCAGAAAAGCUCUACCCACUUGUGUAUUUAGUCUUUUUGUGCAGCAUGUGCUCUUAGUGAAUCCACCAUUAAAGGUUCCUUUUUGUUGUUUUUGCGCAAAGUUGUGUUAUUUCCUAUCGGUGAACAGUUACUUGUAUACUGAGUAACACUGACUAAAUGUUCUCAUGAGACUGGAUACGCUUCAAACCAGUGUUUCUAUCUAAGAGUACUCUGGAGUUUAAUGGCCUCGCUUCCAUAUAGAUAUCUUUGAUUUAAAAAAUAAAAUAUAAUAAUACCUUGCAUCACUUAAAUUUUGUUGUUUGUUACUACGUGAGAUGAACGAGAAACGCUGAUAUUUCCGUCAAUAACAUUAAAAUUAUGUUAGUGUCACAGGUACAGGUAAGUAAAAAUUAAUAACUUAAAAGGUUCCACAUGCUUACAGAAAUGGAUCUCAAAGAUUGUUUGACCUUUCGAGCGUCCACCAUUCGUCAGCUUGAAAGGUCAAGGAAAUAUAAAAUAAAGAAUUAUUUUCAAAAGGAGUGGACGUGAUUCACAUGACAUUUUUUCUUAGAUGUCCAAAGAUGUGUUAUGUGAUAACAUACCACUCACGAAUGAGGUUAUUUAUUAAUGAAUUAACAAAUGGAAUACAUCUUUUUAGCAUUCUCUAAGAGCGAGUUUACGGUAGUAUUUUCUUUUCAGUUAUUUUAUUUGUAUUUGUUUUUCGGAGAAACUUCCCAUGCUUACAAUCUUUGUAUGUUGUGGAACAAAUGAAUUAGUAAUCUACAACAUUAAGUAUUUCAACCGGCUCGUGUCCAAGUAGUUACGUCCUUUUGUUCUGAAGUGAGAUCACCAUCGUUCAAAUUAUACAGUAGGCCUAAAUAUAACAUAACUACUCUUACCACGCGGUACAUCAAUGUUAUUGGACAUUUAUCACCGUGCAUCACAGAACUUUAGAAAUAAGUGUCAUGAACUAGGAAUUAUUUUGUAGUUUCAAUACUUGUGGUGUUGCAUGCAAAGAAAAGAGUUUGGUUCGCAGAUAUAGUUCCUAUUUUCAAUUUCAUUCAAUUGAAAUCUCAAGAGCUACGUCUAUGGAAGAAUUUAUUUUAUGUGUGUAUAUGAAAGUGUUUUUAUACAAAAUAUAAUAACGUUUGUCUCCAAGUACGGUGUCCUCCAAUGGUUCAGCUGUAAGUCUGCGGGCUCACAUCGCUAACAAAAAAUGGUUUCGGUACUCGUGGUGGGCAUAACACAGAUAGCCCAUUGUGUUGCUCUGUACUUUACAAAUAAAUCCAAGUAUUUCAUGAGUUAAGUGUAAACGGAACUAAGGUUUUAGGAACGCUAUAGCUUUAAAAUGUUAAUUUUUGCUGCAAAACUGCAAAAUUUGAAUUAUUUUUACUACCCCUUUCAAUUAAGCUAUAUUUUAAAUAAGGUAAUUUUUCUAUUUAAGUGCUAUAGAUAAACGUAUGGUGAAGUUAUUUUUGCUUGUACUGAGUGCCAAAAGAAUGGGCUUUCGUUUUUGUGUUUGUUGUUUUGUUUUUUCUUUUCCCAAUCACACUGAUGAACAAAGAUAACCCUCUAAUUCCUAUUUGUUAUGUGUUUUGAUUCGUAGUAAAUAUACCUGGAAAGUAACUCCACGUAAUGGCAUCACGGUGAAGGUGUAACUACAAAAAGAGCUACCAAUGCUAAUUUGACUCUUUUUUUUUUUCUCCAUCAAAAUUAUUAUUUCUUUAAAGGUCUUUGGUAUAGUUACUCUGUGAUGAUAAUAAUAAUAAUAAUGAAGUAGUUCAAGGAUAAAAUAUAAAUAUUGUUAGUUAAUUAAAUGAACGCGCUAACCACGUAGUGCGACGCACUUAGCCUUCUAUGAAAAUUUUGUUAUUAAUUAUGAAAACUUAUAUCGAGUAAUGAAAAUUAGACGUUAUUUGAUCUUAUAUUAGUCCUACAAAAUAAUGAUUAAAAGUUGAGAACCAAGGUCUUUCAAGGCACUCCUACACAAUAGAACAAUUUUUCUAGCGAGCAUGGUUGCUAUCUAAUAAAUAAAUUGGAGUUUUCAAUAAUAUCACAAUAUAGAGUAGUAAAUAUGACAACCUAGUGUUGAGAACAAGAUAUGUAAGUAUCGUAAUCCAUUCAUACUAAGGAAUAAUUACUUCAAGUUGCUUAUGUUUUUUCAUUCUGGAGUAUAAUGUUUUUAAUCCAUUAUAAUUUUAUUAAAAUAUGUUGUACAAAACUAUCUCAGAUUUUAUAAAAUACUGUUUUCGUUAUUGU